AUGUCUUUCAACGGAAAUCUCAGAGCGUUCCUGAGAAAGGGUAUCAAGAAGAGCUGGAUCAAGGCCCCGGAUCCUCGUCCUGCCAACGAAGAGCCGGAUGAGCUGCCCCUGUUCGUUCCUAUCGACGACGAUGAUAACGCUAACAGCCGAUUGACAACGGUUUUCGGUUCGCAACGACAGACUACGACUCUCGGCUCGAAUGCUCUCUCGCAUAAUCACUCCCGGAUCUCUUUCGUAACAAGGGAAUCACCUCAUCCGACGAACACCCAGCAAAACCCGGAGAUCACCCGGCUCAGGAAAGAGGCUGAAGCCCUGGUAACGCAAGAGGUAGCAGCAACGACAAAAGCAGAGAAGAUGGCCAUUAUCAAAGAGAGGGAAGCCUUGAUAUUGAACAUCCGCCAAUUAGAGAGAAGUGAUCAAGAGGCCAAAGUCAACAAGUUGAAAGAUCCAUACUACAAGCCGCUCCGCAGCCUGCCAGAGCCCGUGUCACCAGGAGAGAAGAAGAAACUUAUGAAACAAGCUGAUCUCAUUGCCAAGGCAAGAACGACUCCUGUAAAACCCCAAAAACGACGCCGAGAAGAUAAUUCAGACGACGAUCUUGACGGUGAAGAGCGUUUCCACCUAGGCAUCAAGAAACCCAGGAAAGUGGCAAAAGCAACAGGACACUGGCAAUCCACGAUCCAUUCCUACAUGCCAGAAUCAUUGGUCGAUACAGAGACUUUCAAUACGAUCAACAAUUUGACGCCGGAGCAGAGGAUGGUGGAUAGGAGAGAUCUGAUUGGGUAUUGCAAGGACUUGGCGGAGAUAGAUAGGAUUGAUAGGAGGAUGCAGAGGAGGCUUGGGUGGAGGAAGUAGGGAGGAUAGAG